UGACGAUCGACGCUUCAGUAGCGAUCGCACUCUCAAUCACCAUGGACAUACUUUCGCUGGUGAUGUUGGCAAUUUUCGGCCUCGCAAGUUCUGUCAACGCAAGCGAAGACAGCGUCAGUUCGGCCACCCAGUCCCGGUACACGUGCGGGAUUCGCAAGAACUACGUCGUCGAUCUAAUCCACAAGGCUAGCUCGGCUGUGCGUGGCCAGUGGCCGUGGCACGCCGCGCUAUUCCAAGGGACGGCGUACAGAUGUGGUGGAACGCUGAUUGACCAGCGGCACGUCCUGACCUCGGCGCAUUGUGUGGUGGUUCAAAGAAAUAGGAGGCCCCUUGCUAUUGGUGAUGUCACGAUACAGCUGGGGAAGCUACAUUUGGACGACGAUAAGGACUAUGUGCAGAUUAUGAACGUCAGUGGAAUUCGAAUUCACGAAGAGUUUGAAACCCACAAGAAUGAUAUUGCGCUGCUGGUUUUGUCCAGUUCGGUUGUGUACUCUGAUUAUGUGAUUCCGAUUUGUAUCGAGAGCAUUCAGACGGCCAAAGCGGACGAUCUGGAGGGUAAACGAGGCUGGACCGUCGGAUGGGGUGAAACGGAGGAGGGAAAACUAUCCAAAGUAUUGAAAACGGCCCAGAUGCCGGUGGUCAACAACACGGUGUGCGUCCAGAGUGAUUCCCAACUGUUUGGAAGGUUCAUAUCGGACAAGGUGUUUUGUGCUGGCGAUCAAAAUGGGACUAGCGUCUGCCGAGGUGACAGUGGCGGUGGCAUGUAUAGCUUGGCCGGUGAUCAAUGGGAGCUUCGUGGAAUUGUUUCUUUUGCCGGUUACAAGUCUGAAACUGCUAGUUGCGAUACUAUGAGGUAUGUCGUGUUCACCAACGUGGCUUCAUAUUACCAUUGGAUUAAAAGGCAGACCGGCGCAUUGGAUGAUGAAAAUGCAUCUGCUCCCAAACGGAUAAGCGAACGAAAAUGCCUGCAGUAUCGGAAAAUAGCCAAGAAGACACAGAGUGGCGUUUGUACGAAUUCGAGAUCUCCUCAUACGGUGGCAAUCAUCGAUCGUAACCAGCGUCACAUCUCAAGUGGGAUCAUCAUCAGUGAAAAAUUCGUCCUCACCAAAGCGCCAAAUUUACUUGACAUUUAUGAAACGGAUGUGGACUGGGAUGAGCUCAGAGUUCGCGUUGGAAAUCAAGCAGACAUGAAGAUCCUCCGCGAGAUCACUCAUCCGGGCUAUGAUUACGCAACGUAUCGGGACCAUAUCAUGCUACUGGAGCUGGAAACGCCACUCGUGUUCACGGAUGUGCUCCUACCAGCUUGUUUGGCCAACGAAGCCAGCGAAAACUUGUACGAUACCUUGCUCGUGAAUGGAUACACCGGAUUGAAUCAAACCGCAAAUAAUUUCCAUGAGAAUGUAGUCAACAGAUACAUGCUGAGCGAUCUGUGCAACACAAGUAUUCAAGCGGUAGACAAAAAGUACACGCUCUACAAGGGAGAAAUCUGCACCAGAUUCAGCUCCAGUGCGGCCUUCGACUGGAAGGGCAUCAUCGGAGGUCCGCUGCAGACGGUCAACACCCGCAGCUGCAUGUUCACGAUCGUUGGCGUUACCAAGUAUCUGAUCCCGUACAACGAGAAUCAGAACGGACUGAAGAACUAUAUCAACGUUUACUCGCGCGUCACUGCCUAUCUGGACUGGAUCGAGCAGGUUGUGUGGGAAAAUGAGCCACUAAUUGAAGACGGUGGAGAUGAGACCGAGAAUGAAGUCAAGUGUGCCAUGACCUGGACGGUGCUGCUGGUCCCGGUGGGAUCCAAGCAGGCCGUUCACUCGUACAGGACAUCGCCGAUUGCUGUGUGAGGAUAUUUAUCUUGA